UUUUCCCUCUCUCUCUCGCUCGCUCGCUCUGCUCCUCCUGGGCUGUUUCGAGCUGUCGGGCUGAAGGAGACCCAGAUAUGGUGUAGGAUAUCAGAGCAGAAAGCAGAACCUGCAGGCAAGGAGGGAGUCCAGGCCUGGGAGAAAGGUAAAGAGACUUUGCGGCUGUGGCAGCUGAGCAGACAGGGCCCCCCUGUUGAGAGGCACUAUGGACAGUGAACAGGGCACCCUGGCCUCCAGCUCCACCACCACCCCCAUCAGCAGCAGCAGUACCUCGAACAACAGCACCACCAGCAGCACCAGCACCAGCACCAGCAACACUAGCAGCUCUGCAAGGCCGUCUGUACCCCAGAUUUCCGUCUACAGUGGGAUCCCCGACAGACAGACCGUCCAGGUGAUCCAGCAGGCCCUGCACAGGCAGCCCAGCACGGCUGCGCAGUAUCUGCAGCAGAUGUACGCAGCGCAGCAGCAGCACCUCAUGCUGCAUACCGCAGCCCUGCAGCAGCAGCAGCUCAACAGCGCGCAGCUACAGAGCCUGGCUGCCGUGCAGCAGGCCAGCAUUGCUGCUGGGAGACAAGGAUCAAAUCAAAAUGGAACAUCUUCCCCGCAGACAGGAUCUUCCCAAACCACGAUAAACCUGGCCACACCCCCAGCAGCAGCUCAGCUAAUCAGCAGGGCGCAGAGUGUCAGCUCCGCCCCCACCGGGAUCUCGCAGCCAGCUGUGUUGCUAGGCAACCCCUCUAGCCCCACCCUCACUGCCAGCCAGGCACAGAUGUACCUCCGAGCUCAGAUGCUCAUCUUUACCCCUACUGCCACUGUCACCACCGUGCCACCCGAGCCCACAGCCCCACCUGCUGGACAACAGCCUGCCACUGCACAGGUGCAGAACUUGGCCAUUCGAGGCCAGCAGGGGGCAACACUGCCAGCCUCCCCGUCCCAAGCCCAGCUGCAGGGCCUGAGCCUCAAACAGCCCACUUCCUUGCUAAAGGGUGCGGCUCAGGGGGUCCAGGGGCCCGUGUCGAAGGGGGUCCCGCCCGAGAUCACCCCAGAGGGGGGGAAGAAGGGGGAAGGAGCUGCUGGAGCGGAGCCUCGUGUGGUUAACAUGAGCCGCAGCACCACCAUCAGCAGCCACCCACUCAUUGCUCCAGCAUAUGCUCAGAUCCAGCUCCACCAAAACAAGCAGCAGGGCUUUGUGAUCCAGCAGCACAACCCCCCCCGGACCCAGACCCAGCUCCUGCAUACCACCAUUCCGCCACCCAUUCCGGUGCUCCCCAAACCAGCUCCCUCUCAGCAGGCCACCAUCUUCCACUCCACCGUCAGCCCCCUGGCGCUAGGGCACCACGCCCAGGCCCCUCCCACCCUGAGCCAGAACAAAGUUCAGCCGGUCCAGCUCACCGCCAUCAACCUGCAGAUCCAGCCCACCCCCACGGCAGCCGCCCGAUUGGUCCAGGACAGUGUCAGUAAGGACAGUAAACCCGCCCCCCAGGUGGUGAAGGAGUGCCCGCCCACCCCCAUCUCCCCACAGCCCACAUCUGUACCCCCCCAGAGGGCUAACACAGAUCAGCAGGAAACAGACACCAGUAAUCCCCCCCCACAAGGUACAGGUGUUGCUGAGAGGAACGGUUCCGGGCCAGUUUUGGGCUUCCCUCCAGCCAUGACCUCAGGAAACGAAAACGACGCCCCGACUGUGACUGGCAGCACACCGCAGAACGGGGAGAGCAAACCGCCGCAAGCCAUCGUGAAACCGCAGGUCCUCACGCACGUCAUUGAGGGAUUCGUCAUCCAGGAGGGAGCAGAGCCCUUCCCAGUUGAGCGCGUGCCACUGCUGGUGGACGGCCUGAAGAAAGCCGCACAGCAACAGCCCUCUGACCCAGAGAAAACCCCGCAGAGCAACCCCCCCCACGCCCCCGACUCCGACAUGGAAGACCUGUCCCAGCAGGAACUGAGACCGCAGGAAGCAGAAGAGCCCAAACUGCAGUGUGAGUUCUGUGGCUGGGUGGACUUUGCUUACAACUUCAAAGGCACAAAGAGAUUCUGCUCCACAGUCUGUGCAAAAAGGUACAACGUGGGCUGCUCGAAGCGGAUUGGACUUUUCCACCCAGACAGAAGUAAAAGCAGCAGCCGCUGGCGACGGAGAGCUCGCAACGGCACCCGCCACAACCCAGAGGCCAAAAAGCAGAAGCGAGCUGCUCCUCAGCAGUCGAUAGGGGGGUCUGUGUCAUCCCCACUCCCGUCCCAUCCCAGUCAGGGGGAGUCCAGCCCGUGCUCCGACAUCUCCAGCUUCGAGGGUCCCCCCUCCCCUCUGUCUGGGGCCAGCUCGGGCCCCCCGGCCCCCCAGGGCCAGCGUGGAGCCGACCAGGAAGGGACCCCUGCCAGAGAGCCUCCCAUCUUCAACCAGCACUUCCUGCCCAGCGACCCCACCCAGUGGAGCGUGGAGGAAGUGCAGCGGUUCAUCCGCUCGUUGCCAGGUUGCCAGGAGAUAGCGGAGGAGUUUCGCUCCCAGGAGAUUGACGGACAGGCCCUGCUUCUCCUGAAGGAAGACCAUCUCAUGAGUGCCAUGAACAUCAAGUUGGGUCCAGCACUCAAGAUUUACGCCCACAUCAGCCUGCUCAAAGACUCAUAGCCAAAGCCACGCCCACAUCAGCCUGAAGCCACGCCCUCAGGCUUCUCAGACUCCUCUCCAGACGCCAGCAGCUCUCAGGACACGCCCACCCUGCGGCUCAUUUAAGCAGACGCAUGCAGAGACUGAGCCCUGCACUGAGCAGCGGACAUUACCCACUGUGUGAUGGAUGCAGGGUGAGUGACAUUACCCACUGUGUGAUGGAUGCAGGGUGAGUGACAUGUGGGGUGAGUGAUGGGUGCAGGGUGAGUGACAUUACCCACUGUGUGAUGGAUGCAGGGUGAGUGACAUUACCCACUGUGUGAUGGAUGCAGGGUGAGUGACAUUACCCACUGUGUGAUGGAUGCAGGGUGAGUUGUGUGUGGGGUGAGUGAUGGGUGCAGGGUGAGUGUGUGUGGGGUGAGUGAUGGGUGCAGGGUGAGUGUGUGUGGGGUGAGUGAUGGGUGCAGGGUGAGUGUGUGUGGGGUGAGUGAUGGGUGCAGGGUGAGUGUGUGUGGGGUGAGUGAUGGGUGCAGGGUGAGUGUGUGUGGGGUGAGUGAUGGGUGCAGGGUGAGUGUGUGUGGGGUGAUUGAUGGGUGCAGGGUGAGUGUGUGUGGGGUGAGUGUGUGUGGGGCGAGUUGUUUUUCAGACUCCACUGAUGAGACUGCUCCUCUGGGGCUGGUCGGACUGUAUGCUGGUAAACUCUUCCUCUCUGAGACUGGGGGGUGAUUAUGGCGGGGUGAAAUCUGGCUGACUUGAGACUUCAGGGCUGGGGAGGCAGCCUAUCCACACUGAUGGCUCCACUGCACUACGGCCUCCAGGGGGCAGUCCUGCGCCAGGCCACUCCCACAGGCACAGACGGACAGGUGCAUGUGCACAGGAAGUGCAGACAGGAUUCGCCGCGGCUAAACGAAGAGACUGCACAUUACUGAGCCUUUUUAGUGCUGGAGAUGGACUAUGGGUGCUAUCAGCCAUAUGGAGACUUUCUGUUCUUAUCGUGUAAUUAUAAUAUAUUUUGAAUACUUAAGUUGAAUAUUAUGGCCGAGUGGGUGGGGGAUGUAGUGUUGCUUUCUCGUUAAGAUGUUGGAGCUCAGUGUCUUCAAUAAACUGCACAGGGGUGCCCACGCUCGCCCUUAUGGGUGCCCAUGCUCACUACAGCCCUUGUGUGCCCACGCUCACUACAGCCCUUGUGUGCCCACGCUCACUACAGUCCUUGUGUGCCCACGCUCACUACAGCCCUUGUGUGUGCCCACGCUCACUACAGCCCUUAUGUGCCCACGCUCACUACAGCCCUUAUGUGCCCACACUCACUACAGCCCUUAUGUGCCCACGCUCACUACAGCCCUUAUGUCCCCACGCUCACUACAGCCCUUAUGGGUGCCCACGCUCACUACAGCCCUUGUGUGCCCACGCUCACUACAGCCCUUAUGUGCCCACGCUCACUACAGCCCUUAUGUGCCCACGCUCACUACAGCCCUUAUGUGCCCACGCUCACUACAGUCCUUGUGUGCCCACGCUCACUACAGCCCUUAUGGGUGCCCACGCUCACUACAGCCCUUAUGUGCCCACGCUCACUACAGCCCUUAUGUGCCCACGCUCACUACAGCCCUUAUGUGCCCCAGCAUAGCCACUCACUCAGUCACACAGCCAUGGUCCUUUCAUACAAAAGCAAUACUGUGUUUACAUCCUCUAAUUUAUCCACCUAACAGCCGGAAGAGCUAACAUACUCAGUAAGGUUCAAUGGCAGGGUUCUCCCUUGUAGAUUUGUAUUAAAGAACAUCUUUGGAAGAUUCAUAUAUCCUUUUUGCAAUCAAACCAGUGAUUUGACUUCAUCUCUGAAAUGGAUUGACUGUUCUUACUUUGACCAAAACCUCUGGCCCUCCUCCCUCAAUACUGAGAGUGAUGGAGGUGUAGAUUUGGUGCGGAAACUGGUUGUCAUGGGAAUCCCCAGUGGAAAUGUCCGCCUGCAUGCUCAUAUUCUUUCAAACAUUUAACCCUAUUAGUGCUUUAUGCAGCUCAGAAAGACCCAACAUAAUGAAAUUAAAAAUUGUCUUUCUGCGGUUACCCACUAUUUUUAAAAAUCAACUAUUUAAUUUGUUAUCCUAAAAUGUCCCUGAAACCACUCCACUGAAAAGAUGCAGCUUUCUAAGCCAAUGAGGGGGUCCGACUGACUGUUCUAUUGAAGGUGGACUCACAGGAGCGAGGGCAGAUGUCAGGGAUCAUGGCUGAGAUUUGGUGACAGCUCCCCCCCCCCCAUCGUUCUGAAUUAUGACCAAACUACAUUCACAUCAGAACUCGAGGAAUAGAGCUUUCAUCUCCACUUUUACUUUAGUGAGGUAAACACUUGCUAUUUAAUCUACAGUAAAUGAGUAAAUAGCUUAAUUAAAAAAAUAUAUGUUCAAUAAAACUUCCUGUAUAACUGCUUUCUCUUUAGACAUGACAGAAGUACAUAUGAAUUAGGAGUUGAUGUUUUUGCUGGGGGGUGACCGUGUGUGUUUGGGUCUGUUUUUGGGGACAGUGUCCAAACUGUAAUGUGCUUCUCCUGCAGAGACCCAAGACCUUUUGUGUUGUGUUUGUGUCUGGUGGGGAAUGUUAUUCUCUCUUUUUUAAAGGAUAAUGCUUUGUCAAAUGUUUGUAUUUAUCAGGCAAAUUUUUUGUAUAUGUUUUUUUUUACUUGGAAAAAUAAUUUAAAAGAA